GACUGCGGCCACGCAACGCAAUUGCACACGUCACGCUCAGCUUCUAUAAAUAGCAUCCACUCGAUUCCAUUGGUGCAACAUUCAGAAAAUGGCUUCUAUAGAUCCUGUUACUCCUCUUCUCACUCCCUACAAAAUGGGCAAAUUCAACCUAUCCCACAGAGUUGUUUUGGCACCGCUCACCAGACAGAGAUCUUACGGCAACGUUCCUCAGCCCCACGCCGUUCUCUAUUACUCUCAGAGAUCUUCCAACGGCGGCCUUCUCAUUGCCGAAGCCACCGGCGUUUCCGACACCGCUCAAGGCUAUCCGCAGACGCCUGGCAUAUGGACAAAGGAGCAGGUCCAAGCCUGGAAACCCAUUGUCGAUGCCGUUCACGCCAAAGGCGGAAUAUUCUUUUGUCAGAUUUGGCAUGUCGGAAGGGUUUCCGAUUCAGUUUACCAGCCUAAUGCCCAACCACCCAUAUCUUCUACGGACAAACCACUCUCACCACAAAUUCGAAGUAAUGGCAUUGACCAAGUACAAUUCACGCCACCAAGGCGCCUAAGGACUGAUGAAAUUCCUCAUAUCGUCAAUGAUUUCAGACUUGCUGCCAGAAAUGCCAUAGAAGCUGGGUUUGAUGGGGUUGAGAUUCAUGGGGCUCAUGGCUACCUGCUUGAGCAAUUCAUGAAAGACAAGGUGAAUGACAGAACGGAUGAGUAUGGUGGAUCUCUUGAGAAUCGUUGCCGGUUUGCUUUGGAAGUUGUGGAAGCUGUUGUUAAUGAGAUAGGGGCGGACAGAGUUGGAAUUAGGCUAUCACCUUUUGCAGAGUAUGCAGAGUGUGGAGACUCAAAUCCCAAACAAUUGGGGCUUUACAUGGUGAAUGCCCUGAACAAGUAUGGCAUUCUCUACUGCCACAUGGUGGAGCCAAGAAUGAAAACUGUUGGAGAAAAAGUUGAGUGCCCUCACAGUUUGCUUCCAAUGAGGAAGGCCUUCAAGGGCACUUUUAUAGCUGCAGGAGGUUAUGACCGCCAAGAUGGGAUCAAUGCCGUAGCUGAAAACAGAGCUGAUCUUGUUGCUUAUGGUCGUUUGUUCUUGGCUAAUCCAGAUUUGCCAAAGAGAUUUGCUCUAAAUGCUCCUCUCAACAAGUAUAACAGAGAGACAUUCUACAUUUCUGAUCCAGUUCUUGGUUAUACUGACUACCCUUUUCUUGAAUGAAGAAACCAAGGGUAGAGACUAGAGCCUCCGUUUUAAUAAUCAUAUCUUCUCUUGCACUUUCUUGUUUGUAAUUUGGUUGGUCAGUGUAAUCUUGCUUAUAUUUUUAUUCACAUUUUCCUUACAUCUCUGCUAAUGCAGGUUUUCUAAAUGGUGAUGGCAUGUAGCAUGUAGAUCAUUGUUGUUGUAAUAAUGUCACUGGCUCCCGACAAGUAUCUGGCUAAAGCUAUGAUUUUGCAAUACCAUACUAGCUUUGUGCUAAUAAGAGGAUUAUUUAUUUCAGUACCCAAAUUUGU